GCUCUGCAGUCUCUGAGAAACUGGGAAGAUUACAAGACAAUGAAUGAUAAGGAAUCAGAUCGGAUAAGGUUACUUGAAAAGAUCAGGACAACUUUGAAGGAUUACAGAGAAGCCAUGAUCUUCGAGAGCACCCUCGCCACGAUACCACCCCCAGAUAGAAAGACACUUAAGGCAUUUCGAAUCAAUUUCUUUCACGGAAGGCCAGAAGAGAGCAAGGACUGGCCGAUGCUUGGCGGGCACAGCUCCAGUCUAUACGAUGAUCCGGAUGACUUGGUCGUUCUACAUACGGCGGAACCCCCAGAUAGACUGACGAUGUUUAUCCAGAACUAUUUUGGCUUCCUUUUCAAGGAUGAAGAUCAUCACAAGGCCACUACAAGUUCUUCAGUAGGAUACGCGUCAGGCAAGAGGAUCUCGGUUUUCAUCUCAUAUCUCAGCACCAUUUUGGCUGCAUUACUACUAAUCGGCGCGAUUGUUGUUUUGUACAAUAUAAAGACGGACGACUUGAAGCUAGGCUUGAUCGCUCUCUUCACCAUCCUCUUUGCGGCCAGUGUUGGGCUUCUGACCAACGCGAGGCGAGCAGAAGUGUUUGGAGCGACGGCAGCAUAUGCUGCUGUUUUGGUUGUAUUUGUGAGCGGGGAUCUUGGAAGCUAG